GCGGGCAAAGUCAGAGUCUACUAUCCGUACCGAACAUCAGUACUGCCGUUUACUUGAUAGCGGGCGCACGCGUUUGUUACCUGCCUCACCUUAAUAGGUACGACGGUAAUGCAACAAGUGACUGUUGCGUAUUUUUUGCGCCUAGCCUACUCAGUUUAAGUACCCUCUUCACGAAUUCGACGAAGAUCUCAGUAACGUGAACUCGUGGAUGGAAAACGUUUACCGGACGAUAUUAAUAUGUGGUGUCUAUAUGAUUUUAUAAAUAUAUUUUAGCAGUUUUAUAUGUAUCUCGUAAUAAAUAAAAGUUUUGGUUCCUUUGAGAUUUGUUGAUCUGACUUUUAAGCAGUUUUUGUGUGACAAUUGAACUGAUAUGUCAUUUAAAUAGUGGUAUUAUCUAUAGAAGUGGUGCCAAAGGGAUUUAACGUAUAUGAUGGCUUCGGACGAAGAUUGCAACACAACUUUUCCCUAUCCGAUUAUGGAAGAUGCCACAUCUUCACCGCUUCCAAACAGUCACUACACCAACUGCCUUUCACCAUCAAACACUCCAUCCCCUCUUCUACAGCCUCAAUACAGAUACGAAUACCAAGACGAGAUGAUCCCCACUACGCAACUUAUGCCCCAGGGAAUUCCGAAAACACAGGAACUGUGGACAACGAUGUCAGAUUACGAUUACAGACAAUACGACAAUAGUAGAUUUAGUGGAAAUGACUAUAUUAGGCAAAGUUAUAGUGAUACUAUGUCAGUGUAUUCUCAACGGACUAGUUUCGUGCCAAAAAUUAGUGGACAAGGACAGAAAGUGACAAAAGAAGCCAGGAUAAGAAGACCGAUGAACGCUUUUAUGGUGUGGGCUAAGGUGGAACGAAAGAAGUUAGCUGAUGAAAAUCCUGAUCUCCAUAACGCAGAUUUAAGUAAAAUGUUAGGUAAAAAAUGGCGGUCCCUGACGCCACAAGAUCGCCGGCCCUUUGUGGAAGAAGCUGAACGUUUGAGAGUGAUUCACAUGACUGAGCAUCCCAAUUACAAGUACAGACCCCGGCGCAGGAAGCAUAAUAAACAAAGAGCCACUACUGGACCAGGACCACGUGUAGGAACUUCUCUGUCCAGUCCUAAUCUGCCUAAUAUGUCACCGAGAUACUCUGGAUAUAUUCCUCCAAACACUAGUCUUUCACCCAGUCUUCAACAACAAGGUUACACGUCUAUCGAUUUUCCCAGCCCAGGAAAUAGUGUUGAUUAUACCAAUGAAAAAAGAUAUAGUCCUGAUAGUUAUAAAUUUAAUAACCAUUAUAACUACUUACCCUACCAAAACUAUUCACAAAAAAGUCCCUAUUCGACGCAAUCCCCUGAUAAUUCCCCAACUCAAAGUCCUGAUCCUAAAAACAUUCCCGGUAGCCCUUCAGACGUAAAAGAACAAAUCGACAAAAGUAGUGUUUUACCUACUCCAGAUCUUUCGCCAAUGGAUCAGGAUAAAGACCAAUAUCAGACGUACAAAGAAGAGCCAAGAUCAUCAACCGCACAAAGCACAGUUUCAUCUAGUAAGCCAAAUUACAACAUCAGAGUACAUAAUUAUCAACAAAGUGGUUCACAGUACACCAACACACAACCCAUCACUUCGGUACCUAUGGCUAACGGUAUGUACAUUAUGUGUGCCAAUAAGAGUAGUGUGGAGCAAGGACAAAUAGUUACAGGAACAUUUUAUCCUCCAGUGGCUACUUCCCAGGAUCAACAAUUACUGGGAAGCUCACACAGCAGUGGCAUUAACACAACUAGUAACUUAAAUUAUUAUAGUUCAAAUGUACAGUCUUACUAUGGGAAAGAAUAUCCUUAUGAGCAACAUGACCAAAGCAAGGACACAUUUCUGGGAUAUCAAUCUAUGAAAGUUAUGGAAAAACCAGAAUAUAUCCCUAUAUACAAACCUAACCCAAUCGAAGAGCACUAUGACUACAGUCAUGAAAAUCACUUAACUCAAUCGUUUAUUUCAAAUUCUAAUCCCGAAAAUCGCAGUGAUGUUGAUGGUGAUGAUGUAGACACUAGGGAAUUUGACAAGUACCUCAAGUUUACUAAUUCUGAUCCAAACGUAAUUGACUCCAAUCACAACUAUCGAAAUGAGGGUAUGAGUUCGAAUGUAUAUAAUUAUCCAGCUCAACAAACGUCUGUGAUUUUACCCAAUGCAAAUAUAAAGCCUGAACCCUUUAUCCCACACUGCCCAGAGAUUUAUGAACUAGCUGCUAACGGUGUUACAAAAAACGAGGACGAUUUUAGUGAAAUUUUAGCUGGUGUUAGAAAGACUUGUUUUAGUACUUAAUAGAUUUUACAAUUUAAUGAAACACUAAGUGCAAUUAUAUAUAUAAUUUUAUAAUUCUACAUCAAAUGUUUUUCCAUUCUAUUUUGAACUCAAGAAAACUUUAAAUAAAAAAAAUGAGUUACUUCCAUUACUUUUUUUUAUAUUUUUGAUAGUUUCUGUCAAAAUUAACACAAGGAAAAAUUCCUGUACUGGCUGUAUACCAUAAAUCACAAAAAAUAAAAUCCUUAUCUUGUAGAAGUUCUAACUCACCAAUAUCAACUUACUUCCCUUCUUUCAUCACUACUUCUUUUUCCUUUCUUACACACUAAUAACCUUAUAUCCUUCCUGUCCCAUCAUUGCUAGUUUUUCAUCUCCAGAUGCUUUGAUGUCGGGUCUCUGAAUUUCUCAGUCUCCUCAUUACUACUUUUCUUAUUUACAUUCAAAUUUUGUAAUACAUAUUUCUCCUUCAGCCAAACUAAAUCAUCUUUUAUCUAUUUUGUUGGAUCCUUCUAUUAAUAAAUUACACCAAAUAUUAAGCUCAUAACAUCAGCUUAACUAAUAUCUUAGAAAAAUACAACUCUGUAUUACACAUUUAUAAUUUUCAAUAAUAUAUAAUGAUAAUUGCCUACCCUAAAGAAAGUAUUAAUUCACUUCUGUUUGAUUCUAUAAUUUUUAACUUUUAUCCGUCAUACUUGUUCAGGGUAGAUUAAUUUUAAUCCCAACAAAUAUUUUUUCACUACUGUUAAUAUUUUAAAUAUUAACAUAAAAUUUAAAUUCUUUUGGUUAAAGUAACUACACAUAUUAUUACAUUCUGUCAAGUUACGAUAUCAAUAUAGUGCUGACAUCCUUCAGAGGGCCAUUCCGGUCAGCUGUCACUUAAACUCUGCGGUGUAAGUUUCUACCUACAAUUUCCCAACCAAUAUGGUUGAUGUCAUGUGAUGCCAGGGGUUAAUCUGGAAAUAUUUUUAACAUCCUUUAAAUUCGGAUAAUAUAAUGUAACCCCAACUGUUUAAAAUCAAUUUAAGGGUUUUUACCCGUACAUUUUGGUGGCUUAAAGCAUUUAAACAUGUAAGUAUAACUAUCUAUUCACUUUUUUACCUCUGUCAAAAUUUAACCUCACGUUUGUUUUACUUAUAGAGUUAUACUUAUUUUAGGUGAUAACACUGAUGAUGGAAUAUUGAUUCCGAAAACGUUUUGUUGUGAUACAGCUCUUUUUAGGGAUUUUAAAUAUACCUUUUACAAGAAAAGGUUUUUAUUUUUUCUGUCAAAAUUAUUUUGGCCAACAGCAAAAUUGAACCAUUAAUAUCAAUAUACAAAUUCAGUUCGUUCUUAUUUUCGCCACGACAAUAUAUAAGUUUUAUUUAGUUUAUUUACUGGAUAUAAUAUUUUCUUUCUUAGUAAUUUUCACUACCUAUUUUUAUUAUAUUCGAUUUGCAAAUAGCACAGUUUUUACGGCAGAAUAUUACAAUAGUCUUUAUGUAAAGAUCACCCUGACCACCCAAAUAUAUGACCACUUCGACAAACUUCGAAUACAAUACAACAUAAAACGCAACUGAACGAGCAAGCCUUUAGGACUUGCUCUAAAAUCCUCCCAUCGCGACAAAUUUUUAAUUGUAGAUAGGGAAUAUACCAUGUGUACUAAUGUGUAGCAUUUCAGUAGACAAGUAUUUCGCUGGAGGAUUCAGGCACAUAUGAUUUGUUUCCAUAUUAACUUUAUUCCUGUAAAAAAGUAUCAGUUUAUUAAAAGUUUUACAUCUCUUAACUCUUUCAUUGCUGACUAAAGUACCUAACGCAACCUGGGUGCUAACUCGAUUUUUCACUGCGUUUACAUUGUAGUGUUCAGGUCGAGAUUGCCCUGGAAUUGCUUCAUCCUAUCCAUAUCUAUCUUCUUCUUCUUUAAGUGCCAUCUCCGCGGCGGAGGUCGGCAAUCAUAAUAGCUAUUCGUAUUUUAGAGACGGCUGCUCUGAAAAGUUCAUUUGAUGUACAUCCGUACCACUCUCAGGUUGCGCAGCCACGAUAUUCUGCGUCUUCCUGUGCUUCUCUUUCCUUGAAUCUUUCCCUGUUUAAUCAAUUAGAGCAAGCUGUAUCUCUCUCGACGUGUAAUAUGUCCGAGAUAUUCCAAUUUUCUGGUUUUGAUGGUAUUUAGGAUUUCCAUUUCUUUAUUCAUCUUUCUCAGAACCUCUUUGUUUGUGAAGUGUUCUGUCCACGAUAUUUUCAGAAAUCUUCUGUACACCCACAGCUCGAAUGAUUCUAGUUUUUUCAUUGAUGCAGCAUUCAAGGUCCAAGCUUCGAUUCCAUAAAACAAAUAUCCAUAUAAAUAUAUAAACUGACGUUAAUCUGAAAUCUAAACUGACGCUAUAAAAAAUACACUUUUAUCCAUGUACUCAAUAGAAACACAACUUGUUUUAGUCAACGUCAAACAAAUACUAGCCUCUAAACGAAUGUUGUGCAUAUCUGCAUAUGACGCCUGAAGACGUCAUGAUAACUCGACAAUAGUAUCGGUAUGACCUUUUUAGAAGUCAUCAGCAUUCAAAGGCUUAAAAACCAGUGCAAGUCAUCUAGUGCCCUUAGAGAAAAAGGGCAGAUUAAUGUCACCCAGAAGGUUGCUUCUAUAAAAUCCAGAUUUCACUAGUCUUCAAAUGACUUCAUGCUUCUGUAUUAACCACCCGUAUAUGAAAAGGAUAUUCUCUUUGCUCGUCUAUUAAGCAAGUUCUAUCUAAAGAGCUAAAAAUAGCGAAACAUGUGUCACAGAAUGGCGAGUUAGACGAAGUGUGAAUAUUCCUUUUCGUAUAUUAUUUACACAUUUUUUUCUACUUUGUUUAAAGAAGAAAGUCGCAACUAUUUCUGCUUGACUGUCCCUUACUAAUAGUGCCCUUAAAAAAGGGAUAGAUUAAUGUCAAGCCAAUAGGUUGAUUCUAUAAAAUCCGUAUCAUAUCUUUCUCAGCCUCUUUGCAUCUACUCCUGGACAAACGCCUUCCCUUGAGUUUCUCCUCAAAUAUAGAAGACUUCUUCAGAAGAACACUGUUGAAUCUCCUUUUAUUUAGGGAUUUUGGCAUCUUUUAGAUACUCUUCAAUACUUACGAUCUCACUUCUGUGUAACACUAUUGUGAUAUUUUGAUUUGUCAUCACUUUUGUUUUAUUUAAAUUAAUUUUCACACUGAUUUUCGCAGAUUACUGUUUAAGCUCCUUUAUUAUGUAGGGUAGUUCCUCUGUAUUAUUAUUAUUAUUCUUCUUCUUUUUGUGCCACUCCUAUUGGAGAUUGGAAAUCAUCAAGGCUACCCUAACCUUGUUUACAGCUUGCAGCUGACCUAAAAAGUUCAUUAGUGGUGCAGAUAAACCACUCUCUCAAAUUCCGCAACCAUGACAUUCUUCUACGGCCUGGAUUCCGUUUUCCUUCUAUUUUUAAUAAAUGCUUAUUUAUGACCUCUCAUCAGGUGACCCAAAUAUUCGAGUUUUCUUCGUAUUAUCUUUAACAAAAUUUCUGCGCCUUGUCCUAUCCUUCGUAUUACGUCGGGAAGGGAAGGAAUUUGAAGUCUCCUCGAAGUAGGGAGGGGAGAAAAUAAUAUACAUAAAAUUUGAAAUACUUGUUGUCUUCGAUAAAACUUUAGUAAUUUAGAAGGUGAAUCAGUAUUUUCCUAAUAUGUUCCUUACUCGAUUGAUCAUCAUUCUUGCUAUUUGCAACUUGCACAUUGAAAUAACGGACAAUGUGUUUAAAUAAACGUCAGAGUUGUACUUUUUGGUGCUGUACCUACAUAUUUAUAACCAGAAUUAUACUGUAAAUAUUAAGUUUAAUACAUUUUCAUAAUUCAGAUGCUUACAUGUGUAAUAUUAAUCAUUGUGGUUAAUAAUAAUUUUAGUUAAUUUAAAACAUAAUUAAAAACAUAUUAUUUAUUACACCAGAAUAAGAUGGAAAACUAUUUGAUGUCGACCAUAUUUUAAUUUAUUAUUGGUAUAGAGAUUGGUAAAUUAAAGUAACUAUGAUUUACUGUGAUAUUUCCCAUAUAAUAGGUACCUACACUUGCAUAUAUCAAUUUUUAAAUUUGUUUUAAACAACCCAUUAUUUUUAUAUGUGGAUUAAUGUUAUUGAGACCUAAUAUCUUGCUUAAUAUAAAUCAAAUGAGCAAGGUGACAUUAAAUGUUUAAAAGUAAAAUAAUGGAGCAGUUGUUACAGAUUUUUUAUUGACAAAUGCUCUACAUAGCGAAAAUACAUAAAAAGUAUGACAAUAAUGUUUAUAUUGAUUUGUCAAAAAGAAAUUGUAAAAAAUAUCAUAUCGAUUUGUAAGUAAAAAAAAUUUAUACCCA